AUGCCUUUUGGGCUCACUAAUUCCCCAGCCACCUUUCAAGCACUAAUGAACCAAGUAUUCAAACCCCUACUCAGAAAAAGUGUUUUGGUAUUCUUUGGUGAUAUUCUUGUGUACAACCCUAACUUGGAGGUCCAUUGGCAACACCUAAGGGAAGUCCUAGAGAUUAUGAGGCAACAUCAGCUAUUUGUUAAGCUGAGUAAGUGUACUUUUGCUCAAAAUCGGGUGGAAUAUCUAGGGCACAUCAUAUCUAGAGAAGGGUUACAAACUGAUCCUGCUAAGUUGGAAACAGUGGCUUCUUGGCCAAAACCCUUGACUGUCAAGGAAUCGAGGGGGUUUUUGAGACUUGCAGGCUAUUAUAGAAGGUUCAUCAAAGCAUAUGGGAUAAUCAGCAGGCCAUUAACAAAAAUGUUGAAGAAGAAUGCAUUCAAAUGGACUGUGGAGGCUGAGAAGGGUUUUGAUCAAUUGAAGCAAGCCUUGUGCCACUCACCUGUGUUGGCCCUCCCUGAUUUCCAAAAGGAAUUCAUUGUGGAAUAA